AUGUCCCACACCCCCGAUGAGUCCCAUCUACUCUUCUUCUCGGCCCAUGGCCGAGACGUUCUCGUUGGCAACCCCGAAAACAAGGACGACUCUCACCUUGUGACGCGCGAUCAGCUCAAGCUCUUCGUCGCGUAUUCCCAUGCUCUACGCAACAAACCUCCCCACGCUCGACCCCCUAGCCCCCUAGGCUACGAAUUCUUCGCCCACACUUUUAAUAGCGAAGGGCUGCCUUCAACCGCGUCGUACAUCGACGAGUCUGGCACGGUGGUGAGCACCGGGUCUGCGAUUGAGAUCACGGACGUUAUCAGCGACGAAGAAGAUAGUGAGAUCACCGUGUCAUCCGCCCGCAUGGCACAGGUAGAGCAGAUGGUAUGGCACACUGCGCUGAGCGCAUCUCACCAACAGGAAAAGAUAGAGCAGAGACGCGCCGGUCAGAGGAAGGAGCGCAACUUUGGGCGUAAGCAGACGCAGAAGCUCAACAAAAGGGGACUAGGGAAGAUUCGAAAAGAAACCGACCUGCCCACUACAUAUCUGGUGGCAGGUUCUUCCUCCGCAGCGCCCCCCGAGGAGGUUAUGACCGAGAUGGACUAA